GUCAGAGUACACAACAACACAAACGAAGCUGCUGUGUGAUUCUCCGAAGUAUUGUUUACGGAGUUCAAGACGGUAUAUUGUAGUCCAGCUACAUCUAAGUAAUCAUAUUCCAUACGUCUAUAGUACCUCGGUUGUACACACACUGUAAAUCUACAUUGCAUAAGUGUGACAUAGUGUACUGCAUAAUGUCGAGAUUGGCUAAAAGGCCUAUGCCUAUUCCCGCAGGCGCAAAGCUUACAUUGAAAGGCCAAACCCUUAAGGUAAUAGGACCCAAGGGUGUCUUAGCAACCCGUCUACCCUCGAACGUGUCCGUUUCUAUGGAUGAAUCGGGACAGAAUCUACUGUUCACUUGCCAAAACGAACAGGAUCGAAAAAAUAAGCAGAUGCACGGACUAUCGUACGGAAUUAUAGGCAAUAUGCUGACAGGUGUCACGUUGGGAUUUGAGAAGCAUUUAGAACUUCAGGGUGUGGGAUACAGAGCUGCCAAACAAGGCGACAAUCUCAGCAUCAACAUCGGAUUCAGUAAACCAGUUAUAUUCGAGCCACCCCGAGGUAUCAAAUUAGACCUACUUAACCCCACCAACUUGUUGGUCAGAGGAAUUGAUUUGCAACAAGUAGGGGCUAUUGCCGCAAAGAUCAGAGCCAUCAGACCGCCUGAUGCGUACAAGGGUAAAGGCAUUAGGUACGGCGACGAGCAAGUACGACUCAAGGCUGGAAAGGGCGGCAAAAAGAAGUAAAUAAUCGACAUUGCGCUAUUUCGAUUCUUGAGUUUUUUUUCUAAGAAGAGGGACCUAUACGUAUAAAAUCCUUUUGAGCUAAUUACAGCUUGAUAUGCGG